AUGGUGGGCGUCCGUGUUGCUGAAAAUCACCCCGAGAAGGUCGUUGCGUCUGUGGGCGGACGAACAGUGCUGUUUCCUGACUGGGCCUACAAACCGGCCUGGUCGCCCGGAUCCAGGCAGGUCCAGCUCUGGCACUUCCUGCUGGAGCUGCUGGGCCGAGGCGAGGGCGGCGCCAUCGGCUGGGGCGGGGAGUGGGGCGAGUUCGUCAUCCGGGACCCCGAGAGGCUGGCCAGGCUGUGGGGGGAGAGGAAGGGCAAACCGCACAUGAACUACGACAAACUCAGUCGGGCGCUCAGAUACUACUACAACAAACGCAUCCUGCACAAGACCAAAGGGAAAAGAUUCACCUACAAGUUCAACUUCAGCAAACUCAUCCUGGUCAACUAUCCCGGCUACCCUCCACCUCCACCUCCACCUCCAUCACAUCAGCUGGUCCAGGGCGGCCAUCUUUCCUUCCCCCUCCUCCCCGCUGAGAGCAGCCGUCCUCUGUGUGGAGGUUCAGGCUCGGUGGUGGACAGAGCGGUCCAGCCUCCUCCUCACCCCUUUUUACUCCCAUGCUGCCUCCCUAAACCAAUGCCGAUGCCCCGGGCUCUCCACGGCCCCUUCCCCUUCAUCUCAACCCCUGCUGCUGCUUCUGCUGCUGCUGCUGCUGCUGGGGUCGGCCUGAGGGAACCGGGCCUGAACGCUAACGUCUGGCCUCACAAGAGCCCCUCUGGGUGGGAUCUGAACCUCCACAUCAGUCAGGGCUUGUUCAGUGGAGUGAAGCAGACUGAAACUCAAGGAGAGGCAGCCAAGAAGAGGAAUGAACUACAACAGAUGGACUGA